UGCUGAUCACAGAGUGGACCAUAUGACUGGCGUGAGGAGAGAGAUUGGGGGGUGAGAGUGAGAAACCGAUGACAGCUGAACAUUCAGGGCUUGGACAGAGGACCCAAUAGAGAUAAAGAAUAAGGAUAAAAUAAAAUUAUGCAUCAACAAGGAAUUUCCUAAGCUGAGACACCGAAAACAUCGUCAUGUCGGACAGCACAGGAGGAUGACUGGAUAACUGCACAGGAGCUGAAAGAGUGACUUCCUUCAGGAUGAAGUGCGCUGUGAUUCUUUUAUUAACAUCCAGCUGCUUCACCUGGUCUUCAGCUAUAUAUACCCCCAACAGAGCAGCAUCCAAGAAGCUGAAGCAUCUCCUCGAGCCCCCCGUGUAUCCUGAGGUUGCUGGCCGAAGGGGAGAUAAUGUCACCUUGCCGUGCAUCCUCAGAAGCAAACCCAGCCAUUACAAGAUUAAAUGGACAAAGCUGCAGCCAGAACAUGUCGGGCCAGAGAACAUUAUCAUGAUAUCAAAUGCACAUGCCUUUAAGCCGUACGGUCAUCUUGGACAGCGGGCUUCUCUCCGGAAGGCUCACACCAUGGACGCCUCCAUACAGCUCAGCCACCUUGAGCUGGAAGAUGGCGGCACGUAUCGGUGUGAGCUGGUCAAUGGCAUCGAGGAUGAAAGUGUUGAUAUUACAUUGAGGAUUGAGGGUGUGGUCUUCCCAUAUCAGAGUAAAAACGGUCGCUACAGAUUCACUUUCCGAGAAGCCAAGGAGGCCUGUGCUGAGCAAGAUGGCAUUUUAGCCACAUACAGUCAGCUCUACAGAGCCUGGACAGAAGGCCUGGACUGGUGUAAUGCAGGCUGGCUUCUUGAUGGAACUGUUCAUUAUCCAAUCCUUCAUCCUCGACCCGUCUGUGGAGGAGAGUUGCUCCCAGGCAUCCGCAGUUAUGGGCCAAAGGAUAAGAAUCAUGAUAAGUUUGAUGCUUUCUGCUUCACCUCCCAGAACAGUGGCUCCGUCUUCUACAUCCCAGGGUCUUUCUCCUUUGAGCAGGCAGUUCAUGCUUGUCAACGCAUGGGAGCGGAGCUAGCGUUGGUCGGCCAUCUUUAUGCUGCCUGGCGUUUCCGAAACUACGAUCAAUGUGAUGGCGGGUGGCUGAGAGAUGGUAGCGUGCGUUUUCCCAUCAGCAACCCCAGAGAGCGCUGUGGGGGCAUCCCCGAGGCAGGGGUGCGCUCAUUUGGAUUCCCCAACAAGACAACACAUCUCUAUGGAGCCUACUGCUAUAGGUAGCCAAAAAAAAAAAACAAAAAAAAAAAGAAACAAAUCCACUUUUUACAGUGUCAGAGCUGUGUGUCCAUAUAAAUAUAAAAGUAAAAGAAUUCACUGAACAUAAACAUCUUGGUCUACCAAUGGAUUGUCCCAAAAACAAGAGACCUCACAUCUGAAACUACUGACAAUUACACUGUUCUAUUGUAUCUGAGCUUUUUUUUUUGAAAAUUUAAGUAUUUACUUAGAUGUGACGCAUUUUGAAUUUUCUUCAGGUACGGCCCCAAUUUCACAUAAUUUGUUAAAUCCAAAUUUAAUCUAGAGGCCAAAUAGAAGUAGCUCUAAACUCUGCGUUUUCCCCUGACAUGUGCCCCAAAAUUGCACCCAGAAAGAACACCCAAUGACUGGACCAUAUGACCACCAAUUCUUCAUACAGCUAAAAGCCUUUUUCCUAUGUUUAUUUCUUCCGUAUAAAGUAACAAAAAUAUAAAUCUGGCAUUAAAAUGAAUGCAUCUUUUCCCCUGUAUGCUUGCAGUUUGUCCACCAACUACCAGCCAGUUGCUGCUAAAAUUUGGUUAUGGCUGGUAAACCUUCAGUUUCUCUCUAGCAUUCAUGCUCUCAAAUGUACUAAUUGUUCUUGAAAAAAAUAACUGAGCCAGUAAAACAGAGAAUUUCACUGUAUUUAGAUGACACAAGCUACUGGGACCAAUGGAAUAAUUAGCAGAUUGGAAGUAAGUAGUGUAAUACAUGUUAUUCUUGCACAAUCAUCUUCCACUAAAUCUAUAACACAGUAUCCAUUUAACAUGUCUUUGAUCUGCUUUCUGUAAGUUCAUUGAAGUGGUUCAUCUGUAAAUUAAUGUCAUGUAAUUUAAUUUAUUCAAUAAAGAUCCUCGUAUCAAUGUA